AUGGAUGAACCUGCUUCCGCCCCUCUAGAUUUCUCUCUUUACGCCUUAACUGAAGAAGAGACGGCGUUCUUCAAGGCGGAAACGGGAAUACAAAGCGAUGUCGAAUUGAAGAACCACAUUCUAGCUAGCUAUUCAAGAGGAAGCAUUUACCCUUAUCCGUGCAUUCGCCAUUUUGCUUUUCUACGGAUGAAGAUCUCAAGGCAUCCGUCUUACCAACAAUUCUUGAAGAUUGUGAAGGAGCGCCUGGAAGCUAUCUAUACCGACAUUGGAUGCUGCUUUGGAAAUGACAUCCGAAAGACGGUCUCCGAUGGGUAUCCUAUCCAGCAAACUAUAGCCACAGACUUGUGUCCAGAAUUCUGGGAUCUUGGGCACAAACUCUUCAAGAGUACACCAGAAAGUUUCCCGGCGCGAUUCAUCCCUGGCGACAUAUUCGAGCUCAAAAUUUUGGCAAAGCAGCCCUUGGUGUCCGGCCCCGAGUUGUCUAAGCUCCAAUCCUUUGCCGAACUUUCAGGACGCGUCUCUGCUAUUCAUGCUUCAUCUCUUUUCCACCUCUUUGAUGAGCAGCAGCAGUUCGAACUUGCCAAGAUCAUGGCGGCUCUGCUGUCCUCUGCCCCCGGGUCGAUGAUUUUUGGUUCUCAUGGUGGCAAUCCCACCAAGGGUGUACGUAACGAGACUGUCGGUAACCGUACCAUGUCGAUGUUCUGUCACUCGCCCGAGAGUUGGAAGGCACUUUGGAAUGGAGGUGUCUUCCCUGAGGGUGUUGUCAAUGUUGACGCCUUUCUCAAGGAAACUGUAGCGGAUGGUUCAAGCACGAAAUUAUAUCUCGUUUGGUGCAUUACAGUUUUGUAG